CGCGAAGAACUCUCUAAGACGAACACGAUUUUUGAUUCAUUUAUUUUCUCUAAUCUUCGUUUAAUUUGCAAUUUUCGUUUUGAAUCUUUAUUCAAAUUCCAAAUUCGAAUUGGUUGUUUGUUUUCUCGGAGAAUCGAUGGCGGAAGGAGGGAAUUGAAGAGGAGAGAUUUCGGAUAAUUUGAUACUACAGUCAUUGAGAUUUGCGCCAUUUUUGAAGAUCUUCAGCGGAUCAGGAUGAAUUAAAAGCAAAGGCGGCUGCGAUUUAUGAUACCUUUCAGAGAGAAGAAGAAGAAGAAGAAGAAGGAGAAGAGGUCUCUUUCUAUUUCUUUAUCUGCAAUGCUGCUGCUACUCGCCUACUCCUAGUUGUAACGUGCUAAUGGCGAAGGAAAUCUCUGAAAAUCCGCCAUUUCUAGUAUAGGCUCGAGCCUUCUUUCAGUGAAUUUGUUUUGGCCCAGUCAUUGCUGGACUGGGUAAGUCCUAUAACUUGUCUCGCAGUUGAAGAAGGAGAAGAUUUAUGGCGUGAGCGAAGUUAGAGGAAAACAGAGGAGUUGUUUUUCUGUGUUUUUCUGCAGCGUUUCUUCUUCUUAUUCUUCUUCCUGUUAUUAUCAUCUUCCAUUGAAGAUGAAGUUUAUGAAGUUGGGAUCCAAACCAGACGCUUUUCUAGCUGAUGGAAAAACUACUCGGUAUGUUUCAUCUGAACUGCCAACGGACGCUACGAUUUUUGUGGGUGAAGUAAAGUUUCUUGUCCAUAAGUUUCCUCUGUUGUCCAAGAGCAAUUGCUUGCAGAAACUAGUCUCGAAAGCCAAUGAGGAGAAUUCCGAAGAAAUUCAUCUGAUUGAUUUUCCUGGUGGACCUAAGGCAUUUGAAAUCUGCGCUAAGUUUUGCUAUGGAAUGACUGUUACUCUCAAUGCCUAUAAUGUAGUGGCUGCUCGUUGUGCGGCUGAAUUCCUCGAAAUGACAGAGGACAUCGAAAGAGGAAAUCUUAUAUUCAAGAUUGAGGUGUUCCUAAACUCUAGCAUCUUCCGUAGUUGGAAGGACUCCAUCAUCGUGCUCCAAACAGCCAAUUCUCUUCUUCCAUGGUCUGAAGAUCUGAAGAUUGUAGGGAGAUGUAUCGACUCUAUUGCCUCAAAAACUUCUGUGGACCCUGCAAAUAUCACAUGGUCUUACACAUAUAACAGGAAAUUAUUAGAGGCCCAUAAAAUUGUAGAAGAUGGAAUAAAGUACCAAAAGAAAAUCGGCUGUGUACCGGAUGAUUGGUGGGUUGAAGAUGUUUGUGAGCUAGAGAUUGAUCUGUAUAGGCGUGUUAUGAUUGCCGUGAAAUCAAAGGGCAGAAUGGAUGGAUCUGUGAUUGGGGAGGCACUGAAAACUUAUGCUGUAAGAUGGUUACCAGACACUGUAGAUGCCUUGGCCUCUGAUGCUCAUAUUAAGAGGAACAAAUCUCUCAUUGAAACAAUCAUUUGCUUAUUGCCAUCCGACAGAAACAUAGGCUGCUCUUGCAGUUUCUUGCUCAAACUCAUGAAAGUUGCCAUUUUGGUUGGAGCCGAUGAUGCAUUGAGAGAGGAUUUGGUGAAGAGAAUUAGCUUGAAGCUGCAUGAAGCUUCAGUCAAAGAUUUAUUGAUUCUUGCACAAUCUCCUCAAGUAACAAAAUAUGAUGUUGAUUUGGUUCAUAGGAUUGUGAAUCAGUAUUUUGCUCAUCAGAAGUUCAACCGAGAUGCAGACGGUAUCGAGAGGAGCGAGAAAGGGGCUGAAAAUCUUUUACUGGGGCGUGGAUCCUCAUUGAAUGUUGCUAAAUUGAUUGAUGAGUAUAUUGCUGAAAUUGCAGAUGACCCAAAUCUCUCGCUCGCUGGUUUCAUUGACUUGUCACGGUCGAUUCCUGAAUUUGCAAGGCCAAUACAUGAUAGAUUAUAUAAAGCAGUCGACAUUUAUCUUAAGGUACACCCAAGUUUGACAAAAUCUGAGAAGAGAAAGAUUUGUAGUCUGAUCGACGUCAAGAAACUUACAACAGAGGCAUCGAUGCAUGCGGCGCAGAAUGAACGGCUCCCGCUUAGAGUUGUAGUUCAGGUGCUCUUCUUUGAACAGGUUAGAGCCUCAGCUGUGGUCGAAGCGCAACACAACUCCCGGGACUCUUCAAGUGUAAUGACAAGCAUAGACGAAGAAUGCCCGAAGGAACUGGAUAGCUUCAAGUCCCUAAAACACAAUAUGGGGCACAUGAAGAUAAGCGAGGACAUUCAGAAAACUAAAAAGUUAGCUAAGAAGAACAGCAAGAACAGUAGAAGUGGUAUGCAACUGUUACCUUCAAGGUCAAGAAGAAUAUUCGAUAAGCUAUGGAUCAUAGGUAAAGGGCACGGUGAAAGUCGCAGUCCCGACACGUCGGGGAGCUCUCAGAGCCCAACUUCAGUGGUUCCUGGGCACAUGAUUAAGUCUUCUGGUUCAUAUUCAAGACAGAGGAGGCACUCGAUCUCUUAGAUUAUGAUGGAUAAACAACAAGCUGUAGCAGCCAAAAUGUAGAAAGUGGUAGGUUGUUAUAUUGUAAUGAUAUUCUCGAAUCAAUUUAGUUCCUCGAACAAAAUGGAAAACUCCUUAAAAGAUUGUACUUGCGCAUCAUAUGAAAAUCUAUGUUCAUCAAUGACUUAUCAUAUCAUUGUGAAA